AUGCCCCCCUCUAUUCUCUCCACCUCCGUAUCUACCCAGAAAGAUAUAGAUGCGUUGCCAAUCGUCAAUUACCGCCUCGUUGACUUUGAUACCAACCUCUACCGUCGGCAGAUAGAGCACUUUGAAUGGUACUGGGGUCUCCAGAAGGGAGAGCUUGAUCUCUCCACGCCACUUAACCAUAUAAAACUUCGCAGCGACAUGGUCGAGCGUUUAGACAAAAAAGAGUGGACCAUUAUACCAACUAAGCGAACACUUGACACUAUCAAUGCUCUUUCCGACUUCAACAAGACCGCAGACGUGCAUAAGAGAAGGCGAUUCACCGAAGUCCUUCCUGAACAGGAGUAUGAAUAUGACUUUGUACCGCUGCGCAUCGCCAAAGGAGACCGCCCCUCUAUGUAUCUCAAACGAGGUUCGACUACAAAGACGAUCAACAAGGCUUAUUCGAAGAUGCCACGUAUCAAGUCGCGCGCCCAUCCACUUUUCGUCAUCUUCCACACGGACAAUGAUAUCCUCUCUGCGUACGACUCGAUACCAGAAGCCAAGGAGGAACGACUGUUUGGCAUGACGCAUGCCGUUCUCAACCGUUGGCUAGAUCGUCCCCCAAUCGAGUUUCUUGUAGGUCCCGACGUCUGGGCAAAACACCGCCAUCCUUGGAGUGACGAUGGCUAUAUCGCGCGUACUCAACUCAGCACCUGCAAACCUACACCUACGAAGAAGCCGGCGCGCGCUGUACGCAAGUCCACCCGUGCCCCCUCUCCUCAACCAAAAACUCAAGCCAGACCGUCAAUAUAUGACCAUGCGCGGAAUCCGCCCCCUCGCCCUAGAUCCCCCGCUCUUCCUCGCAGCUCCCGCGCUUCUUCAUCCGCGACCUCCGCCAGCGACGCCGACGUUGAGUUCUCGGCAGCCGACCUGCAAGAUUGGCUGAGCUCUAUCAAACCCGAGCCCAAGCCGAAGCGCGCAUUCCCCCCCUCUCCCCGCCGCGACGCCGUCCUUGCUCGAUAUCGCAAGGAGCCGGCGCGCGCUCCCGCGAACGCGCUUCGCGUCUCGUUACUUCUCGUGCUCGGCGGAUUGGUGGCGGAAGGCAACGACGGCACCAACCGGGAGGUUUACACGAGCAACGACUGGGCGACGAUCAACUAUCGCACCUGUCUGUGGUCUUCCAAUCCACCCAAGGAAGCAAGGACCGACUAUAUCGAUCUCAUCCCCUAG